AUGACGCACCUUCUCGUGGGCGCGGCGGCUCGAUUACUCUGCCCUUUGUUCGCGACCCCGGCGUUUUGGGUGAAGGGACAGCCAUCCUUCAUGAAUAAAGAGUCUGCGCUCUACGUACUGCAAGACCUAAGCGCAGAAUGUCGCUUCGCGUCAACAUUCUGGAUGCACGCAGAGUCAGGGAGUUCAGAGAGAGCACCUGAGGCCGCCGCGUCGGCGCCAGUAUGUCCCUACGGCUCUUCCGACGCAGGUACUAUGUCGAUCCGCGAGGCGAGGUUGCGGCAAGCGCACCACACAUUCGACCCCGCGCGCUCUCCCUACGCUCGCCUGCUUUUUUGCUUCAUGCCCAAUCCACGCGCCUACGCUGGUGCCCAUUCUACGCGCUCGACUGAAGGGCCCGCUCCUCCGGUCAAUCUCGCGCGGCGUAAUGUACAUAGGAAGCUUGAAGGCGAAGCAGCGAAGAAAAGAUAUGUCGGAGAAAUCACGGAAUCGGCCUAUCGUCUCGCGCGGGUCCCGCGUAUGGCCUCUGCUGUGGCCGGCUCGGCGGAAGGGUUCAGCAGCUCUCUCGCUUCAGCCCUAGACAUGCAAGGGCUGUCACUUCCGGCUGAGGGUGAUACGAGCACGCACUCUGGGACGACGAUCGCCGCGCACAUUCCAUCGCCCACCCUCCCUCCUCCGGCCUCGUCCCCCGUGAUCAUCGAGUCGACGCCGGUGGUGCAAUCAGAGUACCCUGCUUCUACCAGUUGCCCACCUUCCUCGUGCGAGACGAUCGUCAAUGACCCUUUGGUCCGUCUGUGGGAAGAUGCAGUCAGGGAGUAUCAGGCGAAAAGCGGUGUCGACCUCUCCAUUGAGAGUGCGCUCCCGCUCGAUCCGAAGGAUGAUAUCGAGGGGUAUAUCAAGUGCCAAGAAGAACUGUUCAAGGGGUUCCGCGAUGACGGUCCACGGUGGCUGCGCGCGCAUCUGCUCCCAAUCGCUACGGUCUUUCGAGCCCUCUGCGAACCCAUUGGCGACACUCUCUCAUCGGCAUCACUGACGGUGCAUGCGGAACUCGAGGCGGCGAGCGAGGCGUUUGAUGCAAUCAGGUCUCAGCUCUUCGUUCUGAAAGCAGUCUCUGACGCGCACCCAUCCGUACGAGAAGCGUCCGUGAAGCUUCUGGUCCGAGUCCUCGCCGUAUUCGGGGCUAUCAUGAAGUUGCGGAAGGAAGGACGCUUCCGACAAUGGUUGAAAUGCCUUCGCGACACGAUGCCGCUCUCGCAAGCUCUGGAGGAGUUAGGACGCAUGACUUCGCAACAUCGGGGUGUGGUAUCCGCGGCGAUGUUUGAGACCAUCAUGAAGGUGAUGGCUACGCUGUCGGAUGAGACCAACUCUCUACUUUCAGGGAACAAAGAUAUUCGCGGCUCGAUCAAGGCGAGCUUCGACGAGCUAUUGAAGCUUGUGCGUCAGAGUAAUCAGGCCAGUAUUGACGGCUUGAAGCGUAUUGAAGAGAAUUUCCAGGCGCAGUUGGCAGGCAUCAGCGAGGUAGUCGUGGCCGCAAGGGUUGAGGAUAUUCUGAGAUGGCUCCAAUGGCCUGGUUACUCGGUCAAGACGGCGAAACUCAUCAAUGAUCGCGUACCAUCGACUUGCCGCUGGUUUCUCGAAGGGGAGGUGUUUGCCAACUUCAAGAGGGUUCGAAAUGGAUCCAUUCUACUACACGGUCAAGCUGGAUGCGGGAAAAGUACUAUCAUGUACGCCAUGCGAGAACUCGCUUGCGAGAUCGUGCUUGUUGCUAAUCUAUCUGAGUCCAGGGCCGCCGCCAUGCAAGAUUUGGAACUUCACUGCGCCUACGAGGAAUGGAACGCCCUCGCUGUUAUCCACCUUUUCGAUAGGACGGACCAUUCCCAGCAAAACAUAAUCUCGCUCCUGACUUCGCUACUCUCUCAGCUUGUGCUUCACCAUAAGGAGCAUGCCAUCCCCUACCUGACCAAACCACAGGCGCGUACAGCUGGAAGUGUUGCAACGCGCGACCAGAUGGAGCGCGCCAUACAUGCCAUACUUUCCGACAUAAGGUCUCGUGUCUUCAUCCUUGUCGACGGCUUGGACGAAGCAGAUGAUGAGAGGAUUGUCCACUUCCUUCGGCACCUUCGUAUACACCCGACGGUCUCGCUCCUGGUGUCCAGUCGUACGAUAGUGGCCAUCGGGGACCUAUGUCAAACUGUCAUUUCCGUGGAUGACGAUCGCGCGAACACUGAUGUCGCCAUUCUUGUCGAAACAUCCCUCGAGACCGGUGCUCUGAGGUCUCUGAAGGGAACCGUGCUCGAGAAGAAAGUGCACGACAGAUUAGUCAAAGGAGCCGAUGGAAACUUGCGUUGGGCCGCACUGCUUAUCGAAGACUUGAGGAAAUUGGUCGGUAUCCCGGUCCAGCUGUCUCGUCGUCUCGAAUCGCUACCAAGAUCCCUCAUUGAGCUAUACAAGCAGCGAUUGGAUGUCAUCGACAAGGACGUACAGACUGACGUUCGCCGCGUUCUGCUCUGGCUCGCCUGCUCCCGGGAAGCUCCUUCGCGCAUAGACUUUGCAAGAUUGCUCGCCUUCGAUUAUUCGGGCACCUUUCCUGUCUACGAUGACACGCUCGUCCCUCACCAAGAUGCUGCCAUGAACACGAUUGACACGAUGUUCGUCACAGCGGUGCACAGCAUCGUUCGCAUCGCGCAUGCAUCAGUACAGGAGUAUCUGCUCGAGCAAGAAGCUGAAUACUCUGGCAAUUCACAUGCUCUGUUGGCGCGCAUGAGUAUCGCAUAUGUCGCCGGCGCCCGCCCUGUUGACCCACGUUCGGAUCUCGCCGUCGGCUGGGUCUCUUUUAUCGACAUGGCAGGGAUGGGUUGUUACUACGAGCUCGAGAAAGACAUCGCCGCGAUGCUUCGUCAACUACGUGGACGACCUGACGUGGACAUCCUCCGCGACGUAGGCGCUACGACCUCCACAAACACGUGA